AGAACCGGGUCUUAGAAAAGGAUUUUAAGAGCUGCUAAAAACCCCUUACGUGUCUCCUCCUCCUUCGAUCUCUGUCUCUCUCUUCCUUGUCUCUCUCUUCCCCGUCUCUUUCUUCGACUCUUCGUCGAUCAAUGCCAACCAAUCUCCAUCACCAUCAAGGUCUACGAUCCAAAUCCAAUUACGCGCUCUUCGAUCUCGCUAAAGACAGGAAAGAAGACGGAGCUGCCAGCUUUUACGCGACUCUGUUACGCGUGGCGAUGUUGGGUCCCGAGACGCCGGAGAAACGGGACAUCACUGACUUUUGUUGUUAGAUUCCAUUGAUGCAUGAAUCAUUAUGUGAUCUUAGUGAUGUGAUGAGUGUUGAGAUACUAGGUGCACCGGCUUUGCAAGAUAAUUUUUAUUUGAAUCUGGUGGAUUGGUCUGCACAGAAUGUUCUUGCGGUGGGACUAGGAAACUGCAUGUAUCUGUGGAAUGGUUGUAGCAGCAAAGUAACUAAGCUAUGUGAUCUUGGGGCUGAUGAUAGUGUUUGCUCUGUGGGUUGGGCGUUUCGUGGAACCCAUGGAUCCUCAAAAGAAGGUUCCUUUCUGCUUUCUCUUCUUUCUAUCUAUGUUUGGUGAUGAAGUGAUUGACUGUUUUGUCGGAAUUGUAGACAUGCUUUGAUUGAUAGUUUAGUUGUUGUUUCUGUUCUCAUCACAAUCUGUGUUUUAAUGUUCUGUUUUUGUUCUCAUCACAAUUUGUGUGUUUAAUCUUCUGUUUCUGUUGAAACAUUGAGUUUUAAUUGAUAUGCAUUGUAUUCAUCA